AUGCCCGCACAAGCCGACAAAGCAAGGCAACCGUCGACGGGAAAGUCAUUCUUCGGACGCAAGUUGCACAAGGACAAGCAGGUGGAGGAUCGAUAUGAGAACUAUGGAGGGUCCUAUGAUAGCCUGGCUCCGCCGGGGAGUUCAGCCGGGUCACGCUCAUCUCGCUAUUCAAAACGAUCGUCGAUUCAAUCUGUGGAUCUAUCUCACGACCUGGACCCCGGCAGUUUUGCGCCAACUGCGGGCGUGAUCACUUCCAUCCCCUUCGAUAGCCUGUCCGCCGAGAGGACCCCGAUUCCAAUCGAGAAUAUGCCCCGCCCAGACUCGUCCCGCCAUGAACCCUCUCCCAACCAUCUGGGCAAGACGGGGGCGGAUUAUCACCAGUAUCCCACGUGGACUUCAACAUCCCCGAAUGGCUCUGUCCCGUCGGGCCCUCGUCCGCCCCCACACGGGAUGACCACCAUGACUAGCAGUACCUCCGGUGACCGAGGGGCCAGAUAUCAGCAAUGGGGUCGACCUGGCAGUUCUGCUGCAAAUGGACAACAUCACCCCUCCUCGAUCGAUUCAUCAGCCAAUUCCCGCACUUCCCUCGACCAAACAAGCCUAUACUCCUCCGUUUCCUCCAACCCCCGCGGUUCCAACUACUUUUCCUCCGAUGGCUCCUCCCAUGGCUCAUCCCGUACCCUCACCACCUCGCAUUCGGGAGAUCGCAAUAUGAUCUCAAGUUCCAGUUCUGGCCGCCUUUCCAAUGCAGGAUCGACACAUCAGAUUUCAGCUCCCAUUCCUGCAGCUGUACCCCGACCACCGGACAAUUAUCUCACUCGCCCAAGAGAUGACCGUAUGGUGGAUCAACUAUUCCUGGAGUUGAUGCAGAAGCGAGGAUGGCAAAAUCUUCCAGAACAAGCUAAGCGGCAAAUGUUGUCAUACCCUGCAUCAAAGAAAUGGACAUUGGUACAUCAGGAUCGUCUCACAGAGUUGCAGGGAGAGCAAAAGAGACGACAGAAUGCCCGCCAAACACAUGGCCAUGAUGGGAUGUCUGGCUUGCUUGAGCGUGCUGAUGAAGAGGGCAGUCCAGAGUGGUAUGUCAAGAAGGUCAUGGACGACACUAUCACCUCGAAACAACUUGCCAGUCUAAGUGUCAGUCUGCGGACACAGCCUAUCAGCUGGGUGAAAGCCUUUGUGGAAGCCCAAGGACAAGUCGCUUUGACCAAUGUCCUGAUGAAGAUUAACCGCAGGAAGGUAUCGGGUCCAGUCCCAGCUCCACCAACCGGUGACAAGGAUCUAGACCGCGAAUAUGAUAUCGCCAAAUGUUUGAAAGGUCUCAUGAACAACAAAUAUGGUGCCGACGAUGCCCUGGAGCAUCAGAAUGUGCUCGUGGCACUCGUCAGCUCGCUCUCAUCUCCACGUCUCAACACCCGUAAGCUCGUCAGUGAAGUAAUCACCUUCCUGUGCCACUGGGGGGAGGGACAGGGACACCAGAAGGUGCUGCAGUCUAUGGAUAAGGUCAAGAAUGAUCACAACGAGACCGGUCGAUUCGAUGCCUGGAUGCGCAUUGUCGAAGUCACCAUCGAUGGCCGUGGAAAGAUGGGUAGUCUGGUCGGUGCCAGUGAAGAGUACCGCAGCGGUGGUAUCGGCAUGGAGAACCUGUUGAUGGAAUACGCCGUUUCGACCAUGAUUCUGAUCAACAUGCUGGUGGAUGGCGCAGAGACGGAUCUCCAGCUCCGAUGCCACAUCCGCGCUCAGUUUACAUCAUGUGGAAUCAAGCGGCUGUUGACUAAGAUGGAGGGCUUCCAGUACGAGGUCAUCGACAAGCAGAUCGAGCGAUUCCGUGAGAAUGAGGGCAUUGACUACGAGGAUCUCCUGCAGCGCGAGGGCAGCAGUAUGAAGGAUAGCAUCGAGGGUGAAGUGAAGGAUAUGAGUGAUCCUUUGCAAAUCGUCGAUGCUAUUUCCUCCAAGAUUAAUGGUAGUCGCUCUCAUGACUACUUCCUUUCGGCCAUGCAGCACAUGCUGCUCAUCCGGGAGAAUUCCGGCGAGGAAGGCCUGCGGAUGUUUCAACUUGUCGACGCCAUGCUGAGCUACGUGGCCAUGGAUCGGCGAUUGCCAGAUCUUGAUCUCCGACAAGGAUUGACUUUCACCGUGCAGAGCCUGUUGGAUCGGUUGCACACCGAUGCCGAGGCGAGGCGGGUGUACGAUGAGUCUGUGGAAGCUCGACAGAUCGCUGAGGCGGCUCUUGCCGAGCGUGAUGAGGCGCGCGCGCAGAUCGAACUCGGUGCCGAGGGCCUGGUUCUGAAAUUACAGAAACAAAUCGAGGAACAAACCGGUAUCAUCGAGUUGCAGCACCGACAAAAUGAAUCCUUCAAGGCAGAGGUUGUUGAAGUGCAAAGAUUACGCGCUCAGGAGUUGCAGCGUAAUGAACUGGAAACCAGAGAACUGUACCUGAUGCUUCGUGAUGCUCAAGAUAUCGCCGCUUCAAAUGCCCGCAAAGCUGCUAACCCCGAAGCAGUGGAGGCCGAUCCCUCUCAUAUGCCUGGUAUCAUGGAUCGUGAGCGUUUGAUGGAACGCUUGGAGCGCCAGCUCGAGCGUACAAAGACACAAUUCAAGCUUGAGGGCAAGGUUUGGGGCCAGCAUGGGCCUUCAGAUCGCCUUCGUGAAUUGCGUGAAGAGAUGGAUGGAGAAGGAGGGCAUGACGAUUUUGAGUCUGCUCACAGGAAUUUGGAUGCUGGUUCAUUGGGCUCUGUGUACCGGAAGCGCAGCCAUAUUCCUGAGAUAGAUGAUGAUAUCCUCGACGAUGAUGAGCAGACGCCUGUGGAUGGUAGCGGUGGACCGAUGUAUGAGAAGCCUCGCAUUGUGGAAAUGCACCGUCCUCGAUUAAAUGCCACCCAGGCGUCCGGUCUACUUGGUGAAAUCGCUUCCAAGGUUCCUAAGUUUGAUGCAGAGGACCCUGAUGCUGUUGUCUCUGAUACUACUGCUCAGGAUCAAAAUGCUGCCAAGGUGAUUCCGCCGCCCCCUCCUCCACCUCCAGGCGGCGUGGCUGCUCUUCCACCACCACCUCCACCCGGCGGUGUAGCCCUUCCCCCGCCUCCCCCUCCUGGGGGUGCCGUUGCUCUCCCUCCACCUCCGCCUCCUGGUGGAAAGGUUGGGCUACCUCCUCCGCCACCGCCCGGGGGAGCAGCUCUACCGCCCCCGCCUCCGCCAGGAGGUGCAAAGGGUGUUCCCGGACUGCCGCCUCCUCCCCCGCCAGGCGGAAAGGUUGGGAUGCCCCCUCCCCCUCCCCCGCCAGGUGGAAAAUUUGGGAUGCCUCCUCCCCCUCCGCCACCAGGUGGAAUGGUUGGGAUGCCCCCUCCCCCUCCCCCAGGUGGCAAAGGAAUGGUGCCGCCCCCUCCUCCACCGCCCAAUGCUGCUAUGGGCUCUGGUUGGCGACCAGCCUACAUGGUUGGAGAGAUUGCGCCCACCACGCUUGGCAUGCCUUCCAUUCGACCUAAGAAGAAGCUCAAGGCUCUUCAUUGGGACAAGGUUGAUACCCCUCAAGUGACAGUCUGGGCUGCUCACGCCCCAACAGCAGAGCAGAAAGAAGAGAAAUACACCGAUCUUGCUAAGAAGGGUGUAUUGGACGAAGUCGAGCGAUUGUUCAUGGCCAAGGAAACCAAGAUCUUCGGAGCCAGUACUGCCGCGAAGAAGCGUUCAGCGAAGAAGCAGAUCAUUUCAAAUGAUCUGUCGAAGAAUUUCCAGAUUGCAUUGUCUAAAUUCUCCCAAUACCCCGCGGAGGAGGUCACUCGCAUGAUCAUCCAAUGUGACUCCCAAAUCCUUGAUAACAUGGUGGUCAUGGAUUUCCUGCAGAGAGACGAGAUGUGCACUAUACCCGAAAAUGUCGCCAAGUUGAUGGCACCGUACAGCAUGGAUUGGACGGGGCCUGGUGCUUCGACCUCCGAUCGUGAACAAGAUCCCAGUGAAAUCACUCGCGAGGAUCAGAUUUUCCUAUACACUGCCUUCGAGCUCAACCACUACUGGAAGGCAAGAAACCGAGCGCUCGCCCUCACUCGUUCUUACGAACCAGAGUAUGAGCACUUGUCUUCGAAACUCCAGGAGGUUGCAAGGGUCAGCGAGUCCCUGCGGGACUCUGUGUCUCUGAUGAAUGUGCUGGGUCUUAUCCUUGAUAUUGGUAACUUCAUGAAUGAUGCCAACAAGCAAGCCCAGGGCUUCAAGCUCAGCUCCCUUGCCCGUCUGGGUAUGGUCAAGGAUGACAAGAACGAAACCACGUUUGCCGACCUGGUCGAGCGUAUUGUCCGAAACCAGUACCCGGAAUGGGAAGGCUUCCUCGAUGAAAUCAGUGGUGUUAUUGGCUUGCAAAAGGUCAAUGUCGACCAGCUUCGCUCUGACGCCACCAAGUAUAUUAGCAAUAUCAAGAAUGUUCAGGCUAGUCUGGAUGCCGGAAACCUCAGUGAUACCAAGAGAUUCCAUCCCCAGGAUCGGGUCAACCCAGUUGUCCAGCGGUCCAUGAAGGAUGCCCGAAGAAAGGCCGAGCAGCUGCAACUCUACCUCGACCAGAUGGUCAAGGCAUACGACGAUAUCAUGGUCUUCUACGGUGAAGAUAAUGUGGAUGAGAAUGCCCGUCGUGACUUCUUUGCCAAGCUCAGCGCUUUCCUCGUCGAAUGGAAGAAAUCUCGCGAGAAGAACACCUCCCUCGAAGAAUCUCGCAGACGCACGGAAGCCUCCCUGGCCCGCAAGCGUAUCAAUGCCAACCUGGCCAACAACACAACCACCCCUGAUAGUACCCUCUCUCCCGCCUCCAGCGGCGCCAUGGACUCCCUUCUCGAGAAGCUCCGUGCAGCAGCACCCCAAGCCAAAGACCAACGGGAUCGUCGUCGUCGCGCCCGUCUGAAGGAACGCCACAAUGUCCGCAUUACCUCAGGCUCCAAGCCCCCAGAAGACGAGGAAGAAGAGAAACCCGAGGAAGACGAGCACGGUCUUCUGAGUCCCCCGGCCGCCGACGACGAAGAGAAACCCGAGACUCAAAUCUCCGAAGGCGAAGACGUUGCCGAUCGCGCCGCCAGCAUGCUCCUCAACUUACAAAGUAAUUCCGAAGCAGGCGGCGAGCGACAACGUCGGCGCCGCGAAAGCGCCGACGAAGAACGUCGUAAUCGUCGCAUGAGACGUCGGAACCCCACUGGAAGCAAAGACAGUGCUGAUGGUGGUCUUCCCCCUGUCCCUGAGCCUGCCUCGCCCACUCACUCUGACGAACAACUCCCCAGUCCCGGUGAAUCGAGUCCUCCAUCGAUCGUGGUCUCUAAAGAUGGACAUACUUCGGAUUAA